AUGUACGCCUCUUCUUCAUUUACCGGUGUCGUCCUCGAGGCGCCUCCUAAUUUUCCACCCCCCAAACCUGGAUCCUUCGAAGACAUACACGGCCUAGGCCAAGCCUACGAUAGAGCUCUGCACUUCUGCAAGUCCGACGGCUUGGAGAAUUGGGAUAUGAGCAGGUUCGGAUUCUAUGAUGAUCCCGAGCUCGACAGGAUUGAAGUAUACCGACGUACUUUUGAGAACUUCGUCACAUACUUUCCAGAAUUCCUGCUCCUGCCCUUCCAAGACGUGGGCCUGAACGCAGAGUUCAUGAUCUGUGCACUCUGGCUGGUCCAUCAUGAUCCGACUGGCAAGCAAUUUAAAUAUUACCGGCUGCCGUACUGGCUCUAUUCUCUCCAGGUCACCAUCUUUCCCGAUGCUCCAUGCCCUUUCUCCGUACUGCCAGAUAUAGAGAGCGAGAGAGUACUAGACUUGGCGGAUAACCAUGAAGAUCAUCAAGAGAACCAGGACCUUAUAGGUGGAGAGAGCGAUGAUGAUAAUAUGGGUGGCAGCAGCGAGGCAGAAUCCAGCAUUCGCCGUGAGAGCCGGAGCAACCUGAACAACAACAUCGAUGCCAACUCUACGGGUGCGAAGGGACCGAAUACAGCUGCUACAAAUAAUAGCAACACCGAUCUUCCAAACAGUGCCAAUAAUGGGAAAUCUGUGUCUAACACAGGCCCAGUCUUGGUUGAUCAGGCGGAACUCCCUCGAUGUGAGCCUUGCAGAGCAGCCAAGAGAAUCUGUGAUCAUAAGUGGCCAUGCAGCAGCUGCGUUGUUAAGUUCGGGGCCAAUGCACGAGUCAAGUGUGAAGCAGAGAUCCCCAUUGGACUGCCAGACUCUCUGGGGACCAAGAAAGGAUACUACGGACACAAGACUGGCAUCAUGGUCGAAAGAGAGAUUUCUACCGGUAGAUUUUACAGAAUACCCAAGGGGGCGUCCUUCAUUAUGCCAGGAGGGUGUUACCAUGCUAUUUAA